AUGCUCUCAAAGGCAGAUGAAUCAGGAAAACCGCCGUUUAGUUAUAACGCACUAAUUAUGAUGGCUAUACAAAACAGCAAAGAGAAACGGCUUACAUUAAGUGGGAUCUACGAUUAUAUUAUCAGAGAAUAUCCGUUUUAUCGAGACAAUAAACAAGGGUGGCAAAAUUCAAUCAGGCAUAACCUGUCGUUGAAUAAAUGCUUUAUCAAAGUGCCUCGAAGUUACGAUGACCCAGGAAAAGGUAACUAUUGGAUGAUUGACCCGGCCUAUAAGGAAGAAAUUUUUAUUGGUAGCUCCACCGGUAAAUUACGUCGGCGACAGUCGUCGAAUGGACGAACCGGUUUGGGGCCGUUAAAGCAGUACGGUAUGGCGGCAGCCGCAAUGUUUUCGCCCUUAUUUCAACAAGCCACACGACUUGCACCGUACGGUGUUCCGUUUACGGCGGCCACAGCACCAAUCGGCAGCCUUCGACUACCAAACGGUCAAUCGCCGUAUUUCCACGGUAAUUUUGGACCUCAGCUGCACUUACCGGUACCGCCGGUAACCGGACCGGUUGGAGCGUAUUCACCAAACGACUAUGCAUUUUGGAUGGCUGCACAGCAGCAACAAACUGCAAAUUUUAUUGCCAAAAAAACUGUUUUAUGA